AUGGCAGGCAAGAAAGGCCCCGUCUUACCCUAUCGCCGGGGCUCAGACGCCUCCGAAGCCGACUUCUUCGACAUUCCCGAUGAGCCCUGCUGGUCCAUCAUCAAACGUCAGCUCCGCUAUCUCAAAAGCCCGCGGGCCUGGCUCGCCAUUUUCGUCUUCGUGCUGUUUAUCCUAUCUCAGCGACGAGAGAAACCUCCGUCGCCGGCCCUUCCUCAUAUUGAUUACGACCGAGUCGAUUGGUCGCUCUACGCCUACAGCCAGUAUGCGACGUCGAGCCCAUACCUGUGCAAUGCACUUAUCGUCUUCGAUACCCUGCAACGCCUUGGCAGCCGAGCGCAGCGGGUGCUCUUUUACCCCGAGGACUGGGAUGUGCUGGUAGAUGACGAUCGCGACCGGGACAGCCAGCUGCUGGCGAUGGCCAGGGAGAAAUACAAUGUGAUGUUGGUGCCGAUUGAUGUUCAGAUGGUUAAGGCUGGGUCGGGACCAAGCGAAUCCUGGGACAAGAGCAUUUCCAAGCUGCUUGCAUUUGGAGAGACCGAAUUCGAACGUGUCAUUCACAUCGACUCCGACGUUAGCGUCCUACAGAACAUGGACGAAUUGUUCUUCCUGCCACCCUCUCAAGUCGCUAUGCCCCGCGCCUACUGGGAACUGCCUGAUAUCAAGCAGCUUUCGUCUCUCUUAAUCGUCCUCCAGCCGUCCUACAAAGAGUGGUAUGCGUUGAUGGAUAAGGCUCAGGCCAUUUCGUACGGACAGGUCGACUCGAACGUCAGCUCGCGAGUUAGAUACGAUAUGGAACUGAUGAACGAGCGGUACGCGGAUUCGGCGUUGGUUCUGCCGCACCGACAGUAUGGACUGGUCACUGGUGAGUUUCGCAAAGACGACCACCGGGCGUUCCUGGGUAAUGAGCACGAAGAGUGGGAUCCGGAAAAGGUACUAGCGGAGGCGAAGCUGGUCCAUUUCUCUGACUGGCCGCUGCCCAAGCCGUGGGUGAUGUGGCCGCAGGAAUUGCUGGCCGACAUGCUGCCCAAGUGUAAGGUCAAGCCGGGUACGAUGCAUGAGAGUGGGUGCAAGGAUCGUGAGAUUUGGAAGAAGCUCUACGAUGAUUUCCGGCGGAAACGAAGGGACGUAUGUAAAUUGCUCAGCUACCCAGCGCCAAACUGGCCGCCUCGGCAGAAACCCCAAGGCCCUCUGGAGGCGGCACCAGAGGGUAUCCCAAUUUCUCCUGCCGAUUGA